GCCAAACUCACCGAGUUUGCUAAAAUCGCAUCUCUGUGUCAUUUUUCCAUAGGUCACGAGUUCCGCCUCCUCGGGGGUCGCACCUAUUGUCCCAGAAGCUUUGAUCUAGGAGAUUAUCGUAUUAACCAAAUUCAAUGGCGCAACCCAAUGAUGACACCAGCACAGGGCUAUGGCAAUCAGUAGAGAAUCUCGAUGAUGAUGUCGUGAGAUUCUCGCAACUUGACCUCGCUUGCCUAGGACUUGCCACAGAGACCGACCACGAGACAACCGGCGCACAGAAUCUAGACCUGUCAGGAAAUCAUUUCCUUCCAUUCCAGCUAUCUUCUUAUGAAGAAUCGAUCGAUGAGAACUUGUACAAUCGAGGGCUCUUUGAUGGACAUCGAUCAAUCUUUGCUGAUUCGAUAGAAUCAAAUGUCACUCCCCCAACAUACAUGAUAGAUCCUAGCCUCAAUGAGCCCCGCUGGCAGACACCAUCAUUCUCUCUACAACCAAGCCUAGCACAUAAUUAUGCAUCACAGACCGAAGGAGGGGACAGACAUGAGACGUCAGUUAGGAGGACACACGCCUAUGGACCUGCUGAGAUGCUUCAAUACUCUCCAGCAGCUGAAAAUCAGCCGCGUGGCCUCCCGAGACGACGGAGCCGAUAUUUUCGCAGCCAACAAUAUCAAACAACCCUUCCACCACCGAUAGACAUCGCAAACUCGACGGUAGUUGCUGAUGCUUUAGAUCCGAUGCAGAGAUGGCGCGAGUCACCACCCGAAACCGAACCGGCUUCUUUGUCUGCCAUUGCUGAUGCUUUGAAACAUACACCCUUACAGACUCGCUCAUCCUCCUCAGCUGGAAGCCUCAAUAGUCAAGGAAUCGGCAGCUGCGCAGCCUCAACCAUUAGCUUCGGGAGCGGCACUAGCUAUUCCUCAGCUUCUAACGCCUCGACUAGCUCGGCAACCUUUCGAAGUUCGAACAGUCGUUCCCGCAGCAGGGUGACGAAACGAACUCGAGCAAAUACAACAAAGAAGAAGGACAAAGACCAAGACAAGAGGAUAUUUCCAUGCACAUUCUGCUGUGAUUCAUUCAAGAGCAAGUAUGACUGGGCCAGACAUGAAAAAUCACUCCAUCUCAACCUCGAGCGCUGGCGAUGCGCUCCAUUCGGCGGCACGGUGAUCUCCCCUGAAACUGGGAGAGCACACUGCGCAUAUUGUAGCAUGCUUGAUCCUAAUGCAAAGCAUCUCGACUCUCAUAAUCACGGUGCCUGUGAGAGUCAGGGACAGACCCCUACUUUCAGCCGCAAAGAUCACCUUGUUCAACAUCUACGGCUCGCGCAUCACGUUGAAACUCUGCCUAUCAUUGAUUCCUGGAAAGAUCAAGGCCCUCCAGUGUCAUCAAGGUGCGGCUUCUGUAACAUCCGCAUGCAGACUUGGCAAGAACGAGUCGAUCAUUUAACAAAGCACUUCCGCAAAGGCGCAACAAUGGACAACUGGAAAGGAGAACACUGCUUUGAGUCUUCCGUCUCAGUCAAGGUCACACAUGCAAUGCCCCCGUAUCUCAUCGGGGCCGAGUCAAGAGCCUUAAUUCCGUUUUCGGUUACCAGCCACGGGACGAAGGAUCAUCUCUCCCAGAUCCAGCAAGCAACGGAGCAGAGCCUAGGAAUAUGGGAUGGCGGACGCACGGCCUCACCAAUCUGUGGUCCUGGGCCUUCUCCCGAGUUGGCAACCCAGCCAGCGUUGUUGAACCCGUUCAGUGAAGAAACUAGUUCCAUGACCUUUCCCGAGGUCCUGGCAUUACAUCUAGGUCGUUAUGCUCAGGAACAAAUGAGACUAGGUAUUAUUCCCACGGAUAGGAUGUUUCAGGACGAGGCUAGGCGGAUCAUGUUUGAUUCUGUAGACCCAUGGGAUCAGACCAUUGCUGAUGAUGACUACUGGCUCUCGCUGUUUCGUGACCGUCAUCUCAAUAACGCACCGGUAAGCAAGGAGGAUUCAGCUUAAGCUAUGCUGAAACAUGUACAAUCUUCACAUGGCCUUCGAAUGUAAUUAGUUACUGUCAUGCCUUGGCUCACCCUCAAAUUCUUCUAACAAAUCGAGUGGUUCAUAGAGAGGUCAAUGCAUUCUAUCAUGACUCCUGAAC